GAUACUUUGAAACACAUGGCCGCCCACAGUGUUUACAACUUCUCGCAAUGAAGUGGUGACUAAAAACGCAAAGUCUCGAAGUAGAAGGACACCGAGUCAUUUUGAGUAUUAUUCGUACUCUUCGGCUGUAGUUGAAACUUUGACGGCAUCGAGGAGAAAAGUGUUUCCAGCCAAACUGCGAGCAGAACCAAAGGCCAGGCAAGCCACAACACAGGCUACUGGGUGCUGUGAUGUCCUCGACCCUCAGCAGACUCAAACACCCACACUGCAGGAAGAAGCACUAUCCUAGUAGCACGUACCUCACCCACGUCUGACAGCCAACCACUGGACAGAAAUCACUUUGACGCCAGGUAGAAGACUUGACAGGAGAGAAUAAUAAACAAAAGAGAGAUGUCUGAUUCAGCUGGAAGUGGUGAAAGCGGUGGUGUGGCAGGCGCAGGGCAGGACGCAGAAGCGGAUAAUGAGCCCCCUCAUCAGGCACCACCUUUGCCUGAGGGUAACAGCUCAGAGGUAGUUGAGACCUCAGAGGAAGGGGAACCUCCGUCUGCCAAGCGGCCCAGAAUAAGUGAGGAGGGAGAGCAGGAGCAGGCUGCAAAACUGGUUGAGAUGCAUGGAGAAACACCAGCACAGUCUGACUUGCUGCUGGAAGACCCAGCCACACCAGCACAAAGAGAACCACUACAAUGUGAGGAGGAACAUCAAGCAGGGGAAGAGGUGCCUGUCAGCAGGGGAGGUGAAGAAGAAUGCCAUCAGAAUGGAGAUGGUGGACAUGAGGCACCCUUAGAAGAAGAAGAGGAGGCGAAACCAGAGGAGGAGCACAAUGGUAACAGGUCUGCAGACAGCCCCAGUGAGGGACAGCGCCUUGGCCUAGAUUUUACCCAGAAUCCCCAGAUGCUGACUGGUUCCUGGACUGAGUACUCCAGCCUUCCAGAGAAUUACCUCAAAGGCUGCAAAUGGGCCCCCGAUGGUUCCUGUAUCCUGACCAACAGUGCAGACAAUGUGCUCCGUGUGUACAACCUCCCUCCAGAGAUUUACAGCUACAACUGGGACUUGCUUCCCGAGAUGAGUCCAGUGCUAAGGAUGGCAGAGGGAGACACCAUCUACGACUACUGCUGGUACCCCAAGAUGAACUCUCUGGACGCAGACACAUGCUUCCUAGCCAGCAGUAGCCGUGACAACCCAGUCCAUGUGUGGGAUGCAUUUUACGGGGAGGUGCGCGCCAGUUUCCGACCCUACAAUCACCUGGAUGAGCUGACAGCAGCCCACUCUCUGUGCUUCUCGCCUGACGGAACGCAGCUCUACUGCGGGUUCGACAAAACUGUCAGGGUCUUCUACACCGAGCGUCCGGGAAGAGACUGUGAGGAGCGGCCCACCGUAGUGAAGAAGCAGGGCCAAAGUGGCAUCAUCUCCUGCUUUGGCUUCAGCCCCUGCCAGUCUGUUUACGCCUGCGGCUCUUACUCCCGCUGCGCUGGCCUCUACUCCUGCCAAGACGGCACCCUGCUGGCUUUGCUGCCGACCCGCCACCACGGAGGCCUCACCCAUCUGCUCUUCUCCCCUGAUGGCAACUACCUGUACACCGGCGGGCGCAAGGAUCCAGAGAUCCUGUGCUGGGACCUAAGAGAGCCGGGCAAGGUUGUGUUCUCACUGAAGAGAAACGUGGACACUAACCAGCGUAUCUACUUUGAUCUGGACCUAUCAGGCAGGUACCUGCUGAGCGGUGACACAGAGGGAGUGGUGUCAGUAUGGGACACCCUGACAGCUCCUCCUGAUGGUAACGAGGAGCUACUGCAACCUCAGCUCAGGUUCCAGGCCCAUUGGGACUGCACCAACGGCAUCAGUAUUCAUCCCUUCAUACCUCUGUUGGCAACAUCCAGCGGGCAGCGCCAGUUCCCGUGGCCCGGCGACAGUGAGGGUGACUCGGCCUCUGAAGGUGAAGGAGGUGAAGCUGUGCUGUCUCCUCAGGAGAUCCGACAAGACAACGCCCUGACGCUGUGGUGGGCUGGACCCCUCAGCCCUGCAGUUGAGGGGAACCAUGAGCAGAGUACAGAGGUGGUUGAGGCCUGAAGCUCUGCUAGUUCAGCCAGCUGACACAAAUUGAGUUACACUUGCCAUGUGAUAUUUAUUUUGGGAAUGUUUGGUGUGGAGAAAGCUAAUUAGGAGUCAGUCCUUUGCCAUCAGCAACAUGAAGUGCUGAGGUGGAAAAGAAUUUCUGGAUUAUUUUUAAUGAAAAGCAUCAGGCUACUUUAAACAUCAGCACAUUUACAGGCCAAAUAAAUUUCUCAGAUUGAUUUACAUGUCACCUGCAACGUUUACAACGUUUACUGACACAGUACUCUCACUUGCAGAGUUAAAAUUAAAGGAUCAUGAAACAGUACAUGUCAGGUCAGUACAGAACCAAUUUUCAGGGUUCUGUGUUUGAAGACUUAAUUGUUUAAAUGUAAUUUGGUGAAUAAGAAUUGGAAAUUUUUGCCAAGCAAGGCUUUCUUUAAAGCCUGAAGGCCAAUUCAUACUUUCUGUGUCUGCGAGCGUCCGCUUUGGUCUGACGUAAAUGUUGUCAUCUGACAUUCCCAUGAGGGUUCACAUGGACCCUUGUGUGAAUGUGUAGGUGCAGCCCAAAAUUUGUGACUGUGCGUAUACAGCAAGUGCGCCGAUUGCACAUGCUCCAGUUAUAAAAUACAAACUCUUGUUCCACACUCUAGCGCACUUGGUGGCACAUUCAUCUCCAGCUGGUUUGCAAAGAAGAAAAAAAGUGCUUCUCCUCGUCCAUGCUUCCUAUCUAUUGCAUCAAAUGUUCUGAAUUCCCCAUCUCUGGUCCUGCUCUAGUGAAGCAGUUGCACAUUAUGUUUUCUCUUUGGAGCUUUUUCUUGUUAGUGAGCCCCAAAAACAACAAACACAGGAGCUCGUCUUGUUGUCGUGAAGUUGCAAAUUUCGUUACUUAUGUGCAUGCAUCUGCUUCUUGAUUUUUAUGGCAGUUGCGUGAACGCCAGACCGAUGCGGACCCUCGAUUGUAGUAUGAACAGAACCGCGUGUGCGACUGGUGCAAGUCCACAGCUGUCUGUGGAAUGCAGGAAGUAUGUCUGGGCUUUUACUCCAUUUGAGACAAAAUGCUGACUGCAUAAGGAUUAGAUUGGGACCUUAUAUUUCCCAAUUCCGUUACUUAAUUAGACUGAGAGUUUUUUUAAAACCAGACAAGAUGAAAUGUUAUGCAUCUUUAUUUAAACUUUUUUAUGGCGAUUGUGCCUCCUGAUUUGGAUGAAUAUGGCUGAAUUGAAGGCCUUGACCAUGGUGUGAAACAGCUUGGUGUCUGCCUACUGAUCGCACCUCCGAUCUGAGUUGUAUCUGUUGGAGUGUUUGUUUACGUGUGUGUGGCUGUAAUGCUGCCCCGGAGAUUCCUAACUGCUAUAGUUACAGUUAAGUGCCAUUUGUUCUUGAGCUUUGCUUUUGUAAACUGAUGGGAUCUCCUGUUUUUAACCUUCUUUUUUAAACUAUCGGACGCACCAAGUGUUGUGUCGCUCUGUGCAUGCCCACAAAUGUAUAUUUUUGUAAAGCCAUGAUGAUCAUUCUCAUUUUUCGAAUGUAUACUCUGUAAGCAGCUAGCUUGAUUACUGUAACCUCAUAACAAUCUGUGAAAGUCGUCCUGGAAAACGAGUGAUGUCUGUUAUUUUUUUCUACAGAUUAGGCUCCAGUUACACCUGUACCUAUGCGAGUGGUGAUGUGGCAGCACAAAACACGUUGUGUGUGUGUAUAAUUGCAUUAAUAAUGUACUGCAAUGAUUUGCUCAAUGCUUAUGUUGCCAUCAGUGGGUUGUGCUUUGCUUCAGGGUUUCUUUGCAGGUAGAUCGUGGGAGCACAGUAUGCGCCAACCAAAGCCUUGUAUCUUUAGACACUGAGGAAUCUAUCAAUUCUGAAGCCUCUGCUGAUCCAGGUUUUACUUCUUGGAACUCAAAUUUGUUGCCAAACAAUAGUAGCUACAAUUGUGUGUCUACUAUUACACAAUACAACACAGAUUUGCUCCACCAGGAAGCAUGACGAACCAUGUAGGCCUUGAUGUCAUAACAUAAGUCUGUAGAUAGAUGGCUGUGUCUGCGACAGGUGUCUUUCUGGUGGUUUUAUCCAAGCUGCAGUGAAUUAAAAGCAUAUCUCUUCACAUA